AUGUUUUAUUGGAUUCAUAUUACAGAACUUUCACAUGCAAAAUCAACACAAGGAAAAAAUUUAACAGGUUCUGCUCGGCAUAUACGAGAUUUAAUUGCAGAUAUUCAUAAAAAUAUACAAAUAUGGAAUACACUUCACUUAGAAGGAAUAAUAUUACUCAAAAAUAUAAUUCAAGUAAAACAGGAUAAUUCUUAUUCUGAAAUUUUGCAAGAACAAUGUGAUAAAUUAGAAAAUAUUUGUGAUUCAUUGAUUACUAUCGUAGAAAAUUUUGCUCAAAUUACACAACAUAUAAAAAUAACGGCAUCUUUAGAAACUAAUAUGAACAAGUUAUUUAUAACAUGGCCUAAUUUAAAAUUUGGAGAAAUUGCACAAUUAAUAUAUGAUGCAUAUUCCCGUGAAUUAAAAGUAAAGCUUAAAGUUUUAGAAAAUAUAGCACAUUAUUAUACAGAUUCAUGGAAAAUGUUGUUUCUUGCUAGUUGGGUACAUCAACCAUUAUUACCAUAUAAUUUGACAACAUUCUUGGAAUCAAUGUUAAUAGAGAGUGGACAUAGCAAUACAAAUUUUACAGAUGAUAAAUAUUCACUAGAUAUAGGAAGUCAAAAUUGA